AUGGUAGUCAAGACGAUCGCCCCCUACGGCUCGUGGGAGAGCCCCUUCUCCGUCGACGACGCCACCGCCGGCAGCAAGUCGCUGUCGUCGCCCAGAGGAGACAUCCGCACCGGCCGCGUCUUUUUCCUCGAGUCCAAGGCGGACGGCUCCAACACCAUCGUGGAGGUUGUGACAACGGGUUCGGGCGCCCACGAGCUGGCAUAUGUGCUCCCCGCGCCGCACGGCGUCAGCACGGGCGUGUACGAGUACGGCGGCGGCGCCUAUGAGGUCCUCCCGUCGCGAGGGGGCGGUGAUGAUACCGCCUCAAUCUCGCAGGACGUCAUCUUCUCGGACGCGUCGGAUGGGAACGCGGUGAAGGUCCUCGGUGUCGACGUCGGGGCUGUCAGGACCCUUGUUGAAGGAACGCCAUGGCUGCGGUAUGCCGAGUUUGGCGCGUGCGGGGCGUCGCGGUGGGUGCUGGCCGUGCAGGAGGACCACUCUCUGCCUGAGCCGAAGGACGUUGGCAAUUAUGUCGUCGCUAUCGAUCUUGUCCGGGGGGAGGUGAGGAGGCUGGUCGAGGGUGCCGACUUUUACAGCUCGCCCAAGUACAGCCCGGAUGGGAAGUGGGUGUCGUUCCGCAGCUGGGACCAUCCGGACAUGCCCUGGCAGAACUCGGCCCUGCGCUGGGCUCAGGUGCUGGGGGAUGCCAAGGAUGAAGGACCGUCUCUGGUUGCCCUGUCCAUCGUUGCUGGAGGCAAGCCCGGGCAGGCCGUGGGUGAGUCGGCGUGGGGCCUCGACGGCGCGCUGUACUGGACGCAGGAGGGCGAAGGCAGCGACUGGCGUCAGCUUUGGAGACAGUGGCCCGGGGACGGAAGGGCAGCCGAGUUGCUCAAACUAAAGGGACUGGAGGAAGUUGAAAUCGGGGACUGCUCGAUGUUGAUGGGAGGUCACACAUUCGGCUUCCUCUCGCCAAGAUCAAUGAUACUGUCCUACACCAAGUACGCAACCAACAGCACCGUCCACGUUGACCUCGAAACGCUCGAGGUCACCCCUCUGACAGACGUGCCCUUGACCGCGUUCCGUGGCGACACGCUCCACGCCAUCACCCCGACAUCCUUCUUGAUCAUCGGCAGCGGCACCAUCUACCCCUCAGGGGUGUACCACUUCUCACUCAGCGAGAGCCUGGAGGUCGAAAUGACACAGGUGCACACCGCAGACGACAAGAAGAUCCCAGCCGACACCGUCUCGGUCCCCCAGCACAUAUGGCUCAAGUCCACGAGGCAGGACCCCAAGCGGCCCGUCCACGGCUUCUACUGGCCGCCCCACAACCCCAGGUUCGCCGCGCCCGAGGGCGAGCUCCCGCCGCUGCUGAUCAACCCGCACGCCGGGCCGACGGCCCACACGCCCCCGGGGCUGAAAGUCGGCGGCGUGGGCGGCGGGAACGCGCAGUUCUGGACGAGCAGGGGCUUCGCGUACUUUUCCGUCAACUACACCGGCAGCUCGGGCCACGGGAGGUCCUACCGGGAGCGGCUGGACGGGGAGUGGGGCAUCCUGGACCGGGACGACGUCGUCGAGAUUAUAAAGCACGUAUGUGAGACUGGACGCGCUGACAAGGACCGGGUCGGUAUCCACGGGGGCUCUGCGGGCGGCUAUAACGUACUGCAGAGCCUGGUGUGGUACCCUGAUGUCUUCGCGGCGGGUGUGUGUUACUGCGGGGUGAGCGACGUCAAGGCGCUGGGGGAGGGGACGCACAAGCUCGAGAGCCACUACCUGGAGGGGCUAUUGUAUAAGCCUGGGAUGAGUGAGAAGGAAAAGGAGGCAGUAGAGUAUGAGCGGAGCCCGGUGCGACACGCGGAGAGGAUUCGUGCGCCGUUACUGCUGCUCCACGGGGACAAGGACACGGUCGUCCCGAUUGAGCAGAGCUACGAGAUCGAGAGGAAGAUCAGGGAGCGGGGCGGGGAUGUGAAGAUGGUGGUUGCACCUGGGGACGGGCACAUGUUCCUGAUGGAGAAGAGCAAGAAGAUUGCCCUUGAGGCGGAGGUGGAGUGGUGGAUGAGGACGUUGGUUCGGAAGUGA